GCGUACAGCACUGCCUGCCUGCAGCGUGUAUUCGGUUUCACAGUGUGUAGCCAAAGCGCAGCUGAGCUGAGCGCGGCUGUGGUACGAGUGAUUGGCGUCGCCCGAGUUGCUUACUUUUCCGUAAAAAUGGUUGUUUGUGCUCUCACUCCCGAGGUGCUCGGUGAGCUGCGUGCCAAGUUCUAUGCCGACAAUCGCAACGUGUUGGCGCAGAUGGUCUGCACGAAAACGAAUCCCAUCGAAGCUUGCUCCUCGAGGAAGAUUCUUGAGGAGACGCAUCACGUCUUCACCCAUAAGAUCGAGACCGAGGGUAAACCCAUAACCAACCAGAAGAACUCCGGACGAUGCUGGCUGUUUGCCAUCCUAAACGUCAUGAGGACUAGCUUCAUGAAGCAAUAUAAUCUGGACGAGUUCGAGUUCAGCCAGGCCUACCUGUUCUUUUGGGACAAGGUAGAGCGUUGCAAUUAUUUCCUGCAUAAUAUCGUAAAUACUGCGAAGUGCGGCGAGCCGGUCGAGGGUCGCUUGGUCAACUUUCUGUUGAGCGACCCGACCUCCGACGGCGGCCAAUGGGACAUGAUCGUGAACCUCAUAACUAGGCACGGCAUCGUGCCAAAAAUUUGUUUCCCAGAAUCGUACAGCUGCGAGUCCAGCGCACGUAUGAACAACCUGCUGAAGAGCAAGCUGAGGGAGUACGCCAAGGCUCUGCGAGAUUUGGUCGAGAACGGCGCCUCCGACGAAGAGCUGAAGGCGCGCAUAAGCGAGCAGAUGACGGUGAUUUACCGAAUAAUCGGCAUCUGCCUGGGUAUACCGUCCGAGAAGAUCACGUGGGAGUACUACGACAAGUCGAAAACCUAUCAUUGCGUAGGGCCUGUAACGCCGCUGGAAUUUUACGAGAGCUACGUGAAACCGUACUACAACGUGAGCGACAAGGUAUGCCUGGUUACCGAUCCGCGGCCGGGUAACCCUUACGGGAAAUUGUACACCGUGGAUUACCUGGGUAAUGUCGUGGGCGGGAAGAACACCCGGUACAACAACCAACCGGUGGAACUGCUGAUGAAAUUGUGCGCGGAGAGCAUCAAAGAUAAUGAGCCCGUUUGGUUCGGCUGCGACGUUAACAAAAGAUUAAUAGAUAAGCACGGCGUUCACGACAUAAAGGCGUACAAUUUCGAACUGAUGUUUGGCACCGAUAUCCACGUCGGGCUCUCCAAGGCCGACAGAUUGCUCUACGGAGAUUCCAUGAUGGUGCACGCGAUGGCACUUACGGCCGUCUCAAUAGACAGAGACGGCAAGAUCAAGAAAUUCCGAAUAGAGAACUCAUGGGGCGAGGAUCACGGGCAGAAGGGUUAUCAGGUCGUGACUAUCGACUGGUUCGCCGAUUUCGUUUUCGAGGCGGUCGUCGAUAAAAAGUAUGUGCCCGCGGACGUGCUGGCCGUGUUCAGUCAGGAACCGAUCGUCUUGCCCGCGUGGGAUCCCAUGGGCACGCUCGCUCAUUGAUGUUAAAGUAAAUUUAACUUAUGCAAUGGCAGGAUAUUUUACUUUACACAGAAGACAACUUUAAAGCGUAAUAUAAAAAAAAAACAAAAUGGUAUACAUAAUAAAAAUUAACCGAAGACAGAGCGACUGUACAAAAAAAACAACCGACAUUUUAUACCUUACAAGGGAAACGCAGCAGUAUUGAUAAGUGACUUUGUCGUUCGUGAGAAUUGCAGGUCCGUCUUAUCCGUAUUACAGUAUACGAGGACGACGUUUGAGUUCGACCAUCAAGACUGAGUGUAUGAGUUACCAUAUUUCGAAUCACGAAACUAAUAAUUAUCGUUUCGCACGCACGUGUGCAUCAUUAUUGUCAGUUUUACGAAAUGUCUAUGCAAUAGCAAAGAGGAGUGUGAUGUUGUAUCCUUCUUUUGUAUCGUCUCCCAGGGGGCAACGAUGUAUCGAGUGAUUUUAACACCACGAUACCCCGCCUCGUUUCUUCGCCUCGUAUAGCCAAAAAUAAAUAUACAUUGUGCAAACAA